UUUUAAAAAAGAAAUCAUUCGCGAUUGACUUCAUCCCAGAAAAUCCAAUUCUCCCACCUUGUUGUCAACCGCAAAUCUACCAAUCACCAUGGCCUCAGCACUCGCUAUCGGAUCAGGCGUCGCAGUCGCUGCCUUCCUCGGCCGCGCAGGACUUGUCGCAUGGCGGCGAUCCCGGGGUGGCGUUGGAGCGCUGGGCAAAGCAUUCUACAAGGGCGGUUUUGAGCCGCGCAUGACAAAAAAGGAGGCAUCGUUGAUAUUAUCCCUCCAGGAGGGGUCUCUUAGCAAGGAAAAGGUCCGAAAAGCCCACCGAACACUCAUGCUCCUGAAUCAUCCCGAUCGAGGUGGAAGCCCGUACCUAGCCACCAAAGUAAACGAAGCAAAAGAGUUCCUGGAGAAAAAUGGAUAGCAUUUUGGAUGCUGCCUAUACAGCUUGUAAAGUGGUCACGGUCAUGCCCUGACUAAGAAAAAAAGAAAUGUAAAUUACUAAAGCAUACAGGGAGCGAUGGCGUUCGGGGCAUGAUUUAAUAUGGGCCAUUGCAUUGGGUCAUGUAUCGAUUGUGCACUCUACCUUCAAUACAAAUCCAGCCCUCUCGGGCGAAAUCUCUUCUCGACCGACCUUUUGACAGUAAAUCAUCGUGGGGAUGACAUUAAAAGGGGGGGCAAUAGACGAAAAUUAGCAAGAGUUCAUUGGGAGUUGGAUAUUUAGACUCCGAAAGGUAGAACGAUCCACACCUAUAGCCAGGGUAAACUCCGUAGUAGUACAUCCUCAAAGGGCAACAUGUAUUUGGGAUGAUUUUCCGGUGAAGCCCUAUCCUAUAGUUUACGACAAGAGGGUGCAGUGUCGAGGAUGAGCAUGGUGUGUGGAUAGUAUUCUCAGUGAUAUCUAUUCGCCAUCCCGAAAUUUGAGCACUCGAGUCACUAAACCUGCUCGGGUGACUUCUGGGGGAGACCUCCAUCGUCCUUUUCACCUUCGCUCCAGUCUUCAUCGCGUUCUUCGUUUCGGUGAU